AUGGCAAGAAUAGCUCUCGGGUUGGUCCCCGGACAAUCGACCUCGUCUACGUCCACCGCCAGUGGAACGUCCGAGAGCGGUGGAGGCACCGGUGAACAGCAGCAGUCCGUCUCCGCCGGUGGUCACAUCGUGAGUGCCGUGGCAAAACGUGGUCGGCUCCUGAUCCGACAGCAGCGCAUCAAGAAGGAAAGCGAUUCCUCCUCGAUCGGCGGACACCAACCGUACGAACCGGACACACCGUCGGACGACAACAGUCCCACGGCCCAGUAUGGACAUCAUCCGCACCUGCUUGCAGUUCCGUCGCAUCAUCGCUUUGAGCGUCAAGUGUCCGAACCGAUCCUACCGCUGUCUUCGGCCACCUCCGUCAUUGGCGGUCCGAUCGGUUCGUCCGGCGAGGCUCGACCGGCGCCCGGCGAUCGAUCGCACACCGGUGGCGCUCAUUUGCUCACGGUGCCCUCGCAGCAACCGUACCUAGUGAAGCAACACUCGCACCCGCUGCUACCGAGUCAAACGGCCGGCGGUGGCCACGGUUCCGCCAGCUCCUCGUCGUACCAAGCGAUCCAAUCGUACUCCUUGCAACGGCAGCUCUCUCAUCCCGGGUCGGCGGUACAAGGUGGGGGAGGUGGCUCGACCCCGCUGACGCUGGUAACGAGUAGCAGCGGCUCGACACACUAUCUGACCCCUUCGUCCUCGCUGAAAACCGACUCGGAUGAAGAGGGUGGCAGCGGUACGACCGUACCCGCGAGUGGGAUUCCAACGAUUCAGCUACAGUCCAGCAUCGAGCGCACCGAGUCAAGUCCAACGGUUGUCGUUGUCCCGGCCGAACCCGUCCAAGUAUCCGUCACGGCCAGCAGCAGCAGCAGUAGUAACAGUAGCAGCAGCACGAGCGAGCGGCAGACAAACACCACCACGGUCACGUCGACACCGACCAGUACGAUUCGUGUCAAAGGGGAGGAACUGUCCCGGUCGAUCUCUACUCCAUUGACAUCGUCCCGCUCGACCGACAUACCCGGGCUGGACAACCCCCGCUCCAGUCACUGCCCGGUGGUGCGCGAAGGGCCCGCGCUCGGUUGCAACUUCUGCUGGAACACGAUCGAUGCGCACGGGCGUAUCUUGCGGCGCAAAACCAAGUACCACUGCCCCGAGUGCCAGACGAACCUGUGCAUCGUGCCGUGCUUCCAGGAGUACCACGAGCGCCAGUCGGCGGAAAAUCCUACCCCCACGAACGAUAGUGGCGGUGGAGGUGGAAGUAGCGGUGGCACGAAGUCCGGCCUACGGCAUUACUCCAAGUCGGGCUCGAUGUAAGCCAUUGUUGGCCCGUUUUUGUUUUUGGGAGAACGAAGAGCAUUCCACUGUCCUCGGAAGGUGCGAGACACAAUUGGGUGGAGUGCUCGGUUCUCAAAAAUUGUGAGUUGGCGUGUGUGGGUGUGUACCUGUGGGGUGGAGCGUCUUUUGUAUCGUUAAGUGUUACCAUACUCAAAGGACCGUUUUCGAUGGUGGUGAUUGGUUUAAUUGGAAUACGCGGGGAGUCUGCUCCUAAAUCAACGACAUUUGUAGAAUUUGCAAACUGU